UACUCUACCGGAUUAUCUGCAUGUACUUUCCGAUCAGUUCUCUCUCGUUUACUUGGAUUCCGACUACCCCGGUCCGGCGAUCCAUCACAAACAAUGGACAUUUUUGGACGAAGUUGAUGAUGAGGAGACUAGAUCUACUACUGUUCCCGCCAAUCAACCAGCCUGCCCACGUCGCUACUCUUUCCUCCGACCAACAAACCUACUCGUGUUGCUACUAUUCCCACCGCGUCACUUGCCACCGAUUUUCCACUGCCUACCGUCGAUGUCUAAGGCGCGCUUUCUUUCUUUCAGGCUACCAGGAGAAAAUUAAGAAGAAAUCAAUGAAACUAGCUUUUCCCAAGCAAGAUUUCCCUGACAACGAAAAAGAACCAGAAGUGUAAGUGUGAUUUUAAAUGAUUGCUCAGAAGAAUAUGAUGAAGUAAGCUUAUUAAGGGCCAAACUAGUUUCUUAAUAAGCUCCAUUUGUCUAAAGAAUAUGAUUGCUCAGAAAAAGCUUAUUAAAACGAGAUCCUGAAGCAACGAAUGAACGAAAAGGCUACGGAGGCAACAUCAGCCAAGGUAAAGCCGUAAAGGAAUAAAAAACUACUCUCCAUUUGAAGCAGGUUCAAGAAAAGCUGGCAUCAAAAUCUUCAGCGAUCUUUGGAGAAAGAAGAGCCAGAAAUAGUAAGGGUAUUAUAUCUGAUAGACUAUACGUCUAGAGAGAAGGCAGAGCUAGAGAGAGAAGUGAGUUGUAUUAAUGAUUUUCGAACCCUUACAACUUCUCCCAAGGGGAGUAUUUAUAGGAAAAAGUGGGUUGGGCUCUCAAGUCUUGGGCUUGGGAGGCCCAUUACAAUAUAGAGCCUCUACUGGGCUGAUUACAUUAGAAAUCUAGUUCUGUAAGUUCCUUCUGGCCAACAGAGACGCUCGACCGACGGAGACAUGGCCGACGGAGACGCUCGGCCGAUGGAGACAUGGCCGACGAAGACGCUCGGCCGACGGAGGCCUCUGGCCAACGGGGGCACUGCCUGACGAAGGACAAGUCUUCUCCUUGGCUUCUAGAGCAUGUUUCGGGUUGACUCUUCUUCGGUCGAUGGGGUGCCAUCUGGCCGACGGAGGGCCCACUGGAUGACAAUUGUGCUCCUCUUAGUCUUCUGAGUAUGUGGGACAUGGGGUCUGGACACAUAUACUCCAUCAGGAGUCCCCCAAUCUCUGAGCUGAGAUGCAUACGAAGUGAAAGGGAGUAGAUCCUUGUUGUUCUGACGCUUUGGCCGACGAAGGAUUACCUGGGAGUUCUAGUGUUCCUGGCUGAGGCGGUGCCAUAAUUGUUGGCUGCCUUGUCCUUGAUUUCGAGGACAAUGAAUGUCUUUCAUUUCGAGGACGGUGAAUAUCCUUCAUUUUGAGGACGAUGAAUGCCCUUCAUUUUGAGGACGAUGAAUGCCCUUCAGUUCGAGGACGAUGAAUGCCCUUCAUUUCGAGGACGAUGAAUGCCCUUCAUUUCGAGGACGAUGAAUGCCCUUCAUUUGGAGGACGAUGAAUGCCCUUCAUUUCGAGGACAAUGAAUGCCCUUCAUUUCGAGGACGAUGAAUGCCCUUCAUUUCGAGGAUGAUGAAUGCCCUUCAUUUCGAGGACGAGGAAUGCCCUUCAUUUCGAGGACGAUGAAUGUCCUUCAUUUCGAGGAUGAUGAAUGCCCUUCAUUUCGAGGACGAUGAAUGCCCUUCAUUUCGAGGACGAUGAAUGCCCUUCAUUUCGAGGACGAUGAAUGCCCUUCAUUUCGAGGGCGAUGAAUGUCCUUCAUUUCGAGGACGAUGAAUGUCCUUCAUUUUGAGGACGAUGCGUGGUCUCAGCUGUGAAGGUGAUAUGACCUCUCUUUGGUCGUCGUUGGCUUUGAGGACGAUCGGGGUCCUGGGCUAGAGGACGUUGUGUGCCCUUGGUCUUUAGGACGAUGUGUGUCCUUGACAUUGAGGACAAUGUGCAUCCUGCUUUGCACUUCGGCUUGGCCGAAGGGUGACCGCAUGACUGUUGGAUUUUUGAACUUGUUUAUCUUUGCGCUGAAGGCCGAUGUAGUCCCCCAGACCUUCCUCUCGCUGAUGGAGACAUGGCCGACGGAGGUACCACUUGGUAGUCCUUGCUUGCUGUUGCUUUCUGGAUGUUUUCAUGUAUGUGGAGGCCGAUGUAGUCCCCCAGUCCCCCACACCUCGAGGCUCAUGCAGUGAGGUGAAGAGGAGUAGAGGAAUGCACGUCUUCAAAUAGGGGGGGCUGAGGGUCGACACCUUUUGAUCCACAAUGGGGCGAUGCCUCGUUAAAAACCUCAUCAGGAAAAAUCAUGUGCGAAAAAAUCCUAAUGAGGGAAAAAGAGCACACCGGAUCCCCCAAAAUGAACUUCAAGGGGUGAACCCUUCGGCUUAGGUGUGGAGCUGCAGCGGUGUCCGUCUGCUGAGGGGACGCCCGCCUGGUGGUGAGGACGACGACGCUGAUGAGCCGGUCCGAAUAUGAGGACGAGGCAGUGGACUCCUGUCUGGACAUGAGGACGAUGAUGGUGAUUAGUCGUGCUUCAUAUGAAGGCAACGGUUGCUAUCCGGGAGGGGAUUAGCGAGCCCGGUCACUAUAACAGUACCUCGACGUUGGGAGCCGGUCUCGAGAUAUGAGGACGACGGGACUGAGGAGUCGGUCCGAAAUCCAUGCAAUGGUCACCAUCCGGUAAAGGAAUGGCUAAGACCGGUCUUUGAGAUAUAGAAUCACGUGAAGGCCGAGGGGCCAUUCGUGACCCGAGGACAACGGCAAUGAUGAAGCCGGUCGUCCUAUAGAGGCGAUGGUCACCAUCCAGGAAGGGAUAGCGAGCCCAAUCGCUAUAACAAGACUUCGGUGGUGGGAGCUGGUCUUGAUGAUGAAUAAUCAAGUCGAGGCCGGGGGCCGUUCGUGAUGUAUGGACAACGAUGAUGAGCCGAUCGAAUAUAUAAUGACGAGACCUUGAUCAAGCCAAUCGUCAUAUAAGCUCAGGACUCUCGAUGCUGAGGAAGUCGGGCUUGAGAUAUAGGAUCACGUUGAGGUUGAGGAGUCGUUCGUGAUCUGAGGACGACGGCGAUAAUGAGGUCGUUCAUCUCAUGAAGGUGAGGGUCGCCAUCCAGGAAGGAAAUGGUGAGCCCACUCGCUAGCUCAAGGCGUUCGGCGCUGAGGAGGCCAGUCUUGAGAUAAAGGAUCACGUUGAGACCGAGGUGUCUGCUGUGAUCUUAGGAUGAGGGUGCUGAUGAAGCCGCUUGUCGCAUGAAGGUGAAGGUCGCUGAUAACCGCUUUCGCGGCGUUGUAGUAAAACGGAGUCUAACCUUUCGGUUUUUCCCCGAGUAUCGUGUCUCUUGAGGAAUGGCGGAGGAGUUCUCUUAAAUUUAGUCUUAGUCACGGGCUAUCGCUAAUUGUUAGAAGCUUUUUCAAUACAAAAAGGUGAUUGUAUUCUAGACUAGGCCAAAUUGCACAAUUAUACUAAGAGCAAAUUUCAACUAAAGAUUAAAGAUUAAAUAUUCUAAAGUUUAAUGAAAAGAUUGAGGCAAGUAAGAGCAAUAAAUUGAGUAAUUGGAAAUGGAUAUAUUCUUGGACCUAGUAAUUAGGGGAAUUUAAAACUAAAAUUGGACUAAUAAUUUCUUUUCUCAUAGACAAGAAUAGAAAUUACUUUCAUUAAUUUAUUCUAUUUCUAGGUUUCAUUAAUGUAUUCAAAAAUGGUUGGUGAUAGAGUAUAUAUCUAGAGAGAAGUGAGAGCUAGAGAGAGAAGUGCAAGUAAUGCUUCAAUAGAAUGAUUUUGUAACCCCUAUAACUACCUCCAGAGGAAGUAUUUAUAGGAAAAAUACGGGCUGGGCUCCCAAGCCUUGGGCUUGGGAGGCCCAUUUACAACUGGACCGCUAUUGGGCCGAAUACAAAGUAACUGAUGGGCUAUAUAAAUGAAUAAGUGUAAAAUCUAGUUCUGCGAGUCCUCCGUGGCCGACGAGGGUCUGGCUGACGAGGGCAUGGCCGACGAGGUCAUGGCCGAUGAGGACACCCUGGUUCCCUGGCUUCGGGGUCAUAUUCUGAGUCAGCCCUUCUUCGGCCGACGAGGGUCCUUUGGCCGAUGAGGGCACCGCGUAGUGGCUUUGUGCUUUCUGUUCUUCUGAGUAUGUGGGUCCUGGGGCCUAGACCCAUAUACUCCAUCAGGAGUCCCCCACUCUCUAAGCUGAGAUGUAGACGAAGUGAAGGAGAGUAGAUUUUUGUGCUUGAUGCUCUUGGCCGAUGCGGGACCAUGUUGGCCGUUCUCUGUUGCGGCGUUCGGUGGCCCUGUUCUGAGUUUGGCCAUUGCCUGCCCCUUGAUGUGGACGGGGAAGACUAUUGUUCCUUUGGUGCGCUUUGUUUGUGGAUGAUGAGUGUUCUGGCACGAGUGGCCGAUGAAGGUAGUGUCUAUCCUUGGUUGUUGAUUGGUUGAGUUUCCCUUUUGGGCUGAUGAGGCCGUAGGGGUUGCGUCUUUGUUUUGGGUGGCCGAUGAGGGUACAAUGCCUUCCUUUUGGCCGUUGUUGAUGAUACCAUGUGUUUUUUGGACGAAAAGGCAUCAUGUUGCCCAAGGUUUUGGGGAUGAUAACAUUGUCUGGCCGAGGAGGUAGUUGUAAGGACCUUGGAGCCGUUGUGGUGCAUGGACGACAAUGUUUCGGGUAUGUCAUCCUGUAUUUUGAUUCUUGGUUUGAGAGUGAUGUGGUUUCAAAUCCGAUAAGUGUCCUGUGAUCUCAAACCAUGCUGCGGCCGAAGGUGCAUCACGAUGUUAUGGACGUUGUGGUGCAUGUCUAAUGUUGUAGUUAUGGACUUAGUAUAUUUUUGGAUUUCUUUGAUUUUGUCCUGACUUGCGAAGGCCGGUGUAGUCCCCCAGUCCCCCACUGCUUCAGGCCGAAGAGUGAGUGAGGGGUGAAGGAGUAUCUUGAAAACACAAGCCGAAGCGGGAUCCUCAUACUGCCCUUGGAUCCAACCCUUUGGCGAUUUCCUGACCAAGGUAACCCUAUGGGAGAACCCUUGGACGCAUGUCGCUUUCAAAGGGUUAUCAUCAAGGGUCUGGUGUGAGGGCCUCAUUGCCGUUGGGUUCCUUCCCCUUGAGUUAUUGUGGCCGUUGUAAUGCCUUCCUUUGCAUAAUAUGUGUGGCUGCCUGGAUGGCCGAUACGGGUGCUAGUUGGGUACCCAUAGCCUGCAUUGGCCGUUGAAUGCCCCUGGCCGUUGUGGGUGGUAUUUUCCCUUUCUCCGUUCCGUUAGCCUGCUUUGCCUGUGGGCUAUUGAUCUGUGGAUUGGGCUUGGCCCAUUAAUGACGUGGUGGCGUCCCGUUGGUGGCCGUUGGUGUGGCCACUGGGAGGGUGCCACGUGUAGUGACCGUUGGGUAGGGGUUCUAUAAAUACCCCUCUCUGUCCGACGAGAGCUCUCAUUUGCAAUCUGAGCUACCGAAGUGCUGGCCAAAUUUCUAGAGAGAGAAACUUCAAAGCAAGUGUUCUUCGUGUUCUUCAUGUUCUUCAAGGUUAGUGUCAUCGAAAUCUCUCUGUACUUUGUAUAUUUUGCUUCCUAGGCUAGUGAUCUAGUGUUAGGCGUUUGAACGCCCUUAGAUCUCAAAGUAGGUUGCCGUAGACUCGAAAUAGUGUUUAAGAUGAAAGACUUGAACGAAGAGUACUACCCCUACGACGACGAGCCCUCCACCAAGUCCCUUGACUAUGAAGUGGUCGAGGAGUUUUAUGAAGAGCUUGAGAAUCUGAGCUCGUUCAAGUCUGGGGAGCAGGACGAGGAGGACGGUGAGGAUGAAGAGUCUGCCUCAUCGUCUGGAGGUGGGGACGUAGGGGUCUCCCGAACUGCUGAUGGGGCGUCCACGUCGGCUGCCAUCCCAUGCCCAAAGCCGGUGUCUGUUGUCAAGGGUGUUGCACCGCCGAAGAGGGUGAGGAGGCCGAAGAGGGGGGCAGCCUUCUCUUACUUGGAUCUUACGAAUAUCUUCAUCAUCGGGCCACAGAGUAAUGCGGGUGAGUACCUGGUUGCACAGAUGUAUGUGGGGCCGUAUGGUAGGGUUAGGGCCCCUAGGCCGACAGACCAUGUCUUUAAUCCACCCCCGGGCUACUUUGGAGUGUACCCGAUGAGCUUUGCCAAAGGACUUAGGUUCCCGCUUCAUCCCUUUAUCACCGAGUACCUAGAUAUGGUGGGGCUCCCUCCGGCCUUGUUGACGCUGAAUAGCUACUCGCUUAUCGUCGGUUUCCUCUUGCGGUGUGCUGAGUUGGAUUUCAGGCCGACGACGACGCUUUUUAUGAACCUCUAUCAGAUAGGCCGUGGAAGCCACCAGAACUGUGCCUCGUAUGCCACUCUCCAACAACUCCCCAAGAAAAGAAGUUUCACAGACCUGCCGACGUCCAUCCAUGAUUGGAAAGGGAAGUUUGUGUUCGUCUCAUUGGGUGAAGGGGGCGUGGAGUUUCCCUCCGUUGGCCAUAGUAGACGGUUUAAUCUGCAUGACACGCCGAGGAGCUCCAUCUUGGACGCUCAGGUUGAGGCUUUCCUAAAGGGAGGGCCGAGGAGCGUGAAGACGUACAUCACCGAGUACAAAAUGGCCGCCCUCAGCUUCGUAAGGGACUUUGUGUAUGGUGAUAAUGACGAUGAUGUGGAGUUGUGGCCGAAGAUGACCACAUCUUACGAGGAGGCUGAUGGUCCCGAUCUGGGGGUGCCAGCUGAGGACGAUGGUAAUACCUUUCUGAUGCACUCCUUCUCGUCGUAUUUUUACAUUUUUUGUUUGCUGACUCUUAGUAUUUUUUCUGGUGUAGGUUUUGUCAUGGAUCGUAUGUCCUUCAUGAAGAGGGCGCAACUUAAGGCGGCCGAGGAGCUGAAAGCCCAGCAGCCUGGCACUGCCCCUGCGGCCAAGCCCCUUAUCCAGCCAAAGAAGAAACGACAAGCCGAUGAGGGUCAAAAGAAGUUGACUGAGGCGGGCCUAAAGCCCACUAAGAAGUCGAAGAGGGCUUCCCCCUCUGGUGAUGCCGGGACGUCGGCUGUUCCUUCUGGGGACGGAGGGGAUUCCAAUGUUGAUGCUUUGGUGGGCCUCACUUCGGGCCCUCCGUCCACCACUCUGUCCACCGUUCCUGCUGCCGCAGCGGCCACCCGGAAGAAGGGUUCCGGCCGAGAGCUGGUCAAGGGGACCCAUAAGCUUGAGGUGGAAUACCCUGUCAAGGGGGGCUGUUCAACGAGAUCGUUGACGGCCACGAGGUGAUCUCCCAGGCCAUCCCUGACGAGGACCGGGCUUACUUGAAGAAGCUCGGCCAUGUUAAGAUGUACGAUGGUGGGAUGGACCACAUCGUCCAAGGCGCCUUCAUGUUGAUGGAAAGCAACAGGAGGCAGCAAAAAGAGAUUGCUCGUUGGAAGCAAUUUGAGCAAAGGGUUGCUUCGGCCGACGAAGCGUUGGGCAGCAUGAAGAGGCUGCGGCUUGAAGUCGAAGGCCUGAAGAAGAGGGCUGAUGAGACCGAUCAGUUGGCUGCUGAGAAGGAGGGGGCCCUCCAGCGCUUGGCCGAUAUGGAGCGCGUCCGUGAUGAGGCCCUUCGGCGUGCAGAGGAGCCUGAGAAGGGUAAGGCGAGUGCGGAGCUGGCCCUUAGUGCUGCCGAGGAGAAAGCUGCUGAGGCCGCUGUGCAGAAAUUCCUCGAAGUCGGCUGGAAGGACGAGGACCGGCUCUCCUAGUGCUUCGAGGUCGUGGCGGCGAGGGUUGUCGACUGGGUGACCAAGUCCCCUGACAGCCAGGCGUACUGGGAGAAGGAGAUGAAAGUCUUCUACGACCUUGGCCAGUACCGGAUGCAGCGGCUGCUCUACAGGAGGCUUCAGCGGCGUUUCAUGGAUUUGGGUGUGGCCAAGGAGUGGGUCGUCGGCCUUGAGCUGCCUUCAUUGAUGAGGCAUCCCGAAGCAGAGUUGGAGCUUCCGAUGGCUGAUCGGCAGCUCCCAAUUGAGAGUUCUCAAGCCAGCGACGAUUGGGCCUAUGAGCCAAGUAUAUUUGAGGACACCGCGACGUCAGGUACUGCUGCCGGUGCGUUCGCUGCCCAGGCCGAAGAGAAAGCCAGUGCGGAAAAGGACUCCGAAGCCCCUUCGGAGCCAUGAUUCCUUGUAUUGUUUUUUGACUUUGAUUAUGUAACGGCCGAGAAGCCCACUUUGUACUUCCUUGUUUUAUGAAUGAAAAUACAUCUUCUCGUCUUUCAUACUUCGAUAUA